AUGGCGACGCCGCCAUUCCUGACCAACUACUUCCAAAUCCUUAACCUAAUCACCACCCUAGCCACUACCGUAACCUGCUAUACCCUCGUCCCGAUUUACUAUCCACGUGACUAUUUCAUCCGACUCAACAUUUUUAUUCUCGUCAUUUCAUUUAUCUUCGGCACUUUCUUUAUUAUUGGGAAGUUGGUCAAAUCAGCAGGCACUAACGACAGACAUGUGGUAUGCCUGAAAUUGGCUAGACGUAGUUUGAUGGGAUGCUUCGCGAUGGUUACCUUAAUCGGAGUGGUCGCAAAAGUUUGGGUGUUUUUCAUCGGGGAGGAGAAGGAUUUGUUGAAUCUCUACUACCAUUUCACCGUAUUCAACAUCAUCAUUCUCUGCUUCUACACGUCCGCCCAUACAGCCAUUGGAAAGUUCCAAGUCACCUACCGUCCCCAUACCGGAAUAUUCUUCCUUGGAGCAAUUUUCCACUUGCUCACUCUGGCACUUGCUAUAACCAUCGCAUUGGACUAUAAAUACAACUAUGGGAUCAUCUUUUUCCAAGCCUAA